AUGUCCGUGAAAUUAUUACAAAGUUUAAAAGGACACAAUAGCGAUGUGACUUGCUGUGAUAUUUAUGGAAGAAGCACACUCUAUACUGGUUCCAGCGAUAAAACAGUACGUGUUUGGAAAUGGCAAAUUGGCGAAGGAUUUCAGGAAGACGAACAUUCGCCUUUUUUAGGACAUAAGUAUGGCGUUACUUGCGUACGAAUAUCAAAGAAGGGAGAUCUGCUGGCCAGUAGUUCAGUCGAUGGUACCACUAUCCUAUGGUGUACGCGAUCUGGUUCCAGGCGCCAAAUGCUGGUGCAGGAUACUGGAGAGCCGGUGCGAUCUUGCGCCUUCUCCCCGGACGGCGCAGUGUUAGUAACAGGCGCUGACAGCGGUGCCGCUUGCGUUUGGGAUAACAAUAAUUAUCAACUUAUUCGAGUUUUGCACUAUCACUCGGAUGCUGUGCAUAGUAUCUGCUUUUCACCUGACUCGCAAUUGCUUCUAUCUGGAUGCACCAUGGGCAACAUUAGAAUUAUGCUGAAUUUCUGGCCAGAUACAUCAGUUGCGGAUGCUGGUGAAUCAUCCUGCGAAGACGAAGCCCUCGUCAAUUUAGAUGCUGCUCAUGAUUUGGGCGUUUUUGGGACUGAUUUUUCCUCUAGAAUUAUAACAUGUAAUAAUAACAAAAAUACUAUUUACACACUUGCGACAUGUGGAACUGAUCAUCUAAUCAAACUGUGGAAAAUAAUUUCUACGCAACCGGAAAAGGGCAAUCCGCGAGGUUUUCAACCGAUUAUAAUUGUUGAAAAAAUUAGCACAGUACUGGCACAUGGUAGCACUGUCACAAACGUUAGGUUUAGUAUGGGUGGCAUGAUGUUAGCAAGUGCAAGUUUAGAUAAAAGUGUUAAAUUAUGGACGAGCCAAAUGAAUUGUAAAGCUACCCUCACAGAACAUACAAGAUAUGUAAAUUGUAUUUGUUUUAAUUCGGAUGGAAUGAUAAUGUGUUCAGGUUCAAACGAUAGAUUAAUUAUGAUUUGGGAUGUUCUGGGAACUUUAACUUUAGAUUCUGAUAUUACAAAACCUCAUACUGUUCUAACUAAUUUAACAUUAAAUAUGCAUUUGCCUGAUAAAUAUCUAUGCCCGAUUACUCAUGAGCUGAUGGCGGAUCCUGUGAUAUGCGAAGAUGGUUUUGUAUAUGAACGAAAUGCUAUAGAAUCUUGGUUCAAUUCUGGGAACGUACGUAGUCCUAUGACCAAUGCUGAUAUAGAAUCGACUGAACUUCAGCCAAAUGAAGAACUGAAGCUAGAAAUUCAACAAUUUGCUGAAAUGAAUGACUGCAAAAUAUAG